CUGUGUAAUGAAAUAGGAAAGUCCAGUAUACCCGCGGUUGUCGUCAACUACACAAUCAACAAGGCGGUAUAAAGAUGGUGACGCUGAAAUCGUGUAUGCUGCUCCUAACUGCUAUGCUGUCAGUCUAUGGACAGCCUAGUCAAAAGAAUGCUAUGUCAAAUUAUGUAGAGAGGGGAGCUGUCUUGUCAAGAGCACAGAUUCCCUGCCAUGAAUCCCUUUCAGAAGAUGAGGCUGGAAUAUCAUUGUGUUCAUCCUCAGAAGAUGAGGCUGGAAUAUCAUUGUGUUCAUCCUCAGAAGAUGAGGCUGGAAUAUCAUUGUGUUCAUCCUCUGAAGAUGAGGCUGGAAUAUCAUUGUGUUCAUCCUCUGAAGACGAAGGAGGUAUAUCCCUGGACUCUUCCUCAGAAGAACUUACACUUGAAAUGAUUGACCCUUAUAGUGCACAUAAAGAGGUCGAUUUUGAAACUGUGAAUGCAAAGCUUCCACCACUCAGAAACAUCAACAGCUAUAUAUUUUCUGAAGUAAGCAGUGGGAAUAAGAUGAAGUCAAAAGCAACAAGCCUUUUAAGUAUCAAAAGUGCGUUGAAAGACAGAUGUGUAUGUGGUGAAAAAUGUUUAGAAAAAGUGAACUUCAAAACUGUGAGAGAACUUAGAAAUUCUUUUUGGUUUCAUUCGAAGACAAUGCGAAUGCAGCUGCUUAAAUAUUACAUUUCUCAUUCGAAGAAGAAAGGUAUAUUUCGAUUUAUACAUGUAGAACAAUUUACAUUGUGUUCCAAGGCUUUCUGCUCAGUAUUCUGGGUAAACAAAAACACGCUUUCACGUGCAAUACAAAUGAACAGCAAAAAUGUUGCAACAGUUCCGGGAAAAAAUCCUAGAGAUAUGUCAGAAAAAACAUUGUUACUUAUUAACUGGCUGGAGGAUUAUGGAACCUACCAUGGAGACAGAAUGCCAGAUACGGUAGAUAUUCUCCUUCCAUACAAAACUGUGAAAACGGAUUUAUACUGGAAGUAG